AUGUCUCGUAUUUUCCCAUGUUCUUUCCGAAUCUUUUUGUUCAUCGCGUUGGUUUCUGAGAGUCAGACUUUGGCUCAUCCCGUAACAUCGUUUAAAGCUAAUUGUGCUGAGCUUUUUAUGGCUGGUAAUAGAACCAGUGGUGUCUAUACGAUUGAUCCUGAUGGUUUAGGUGCCUUUGAUGUGUACUGUAACCAGAGCACGGCUGGUGGUGGAUGGGCAGUGAUCCAGAGGAGACUGGACGGAUCUGUCGAUUUUAAUCGUACUUGGUGCGACUACAAGCAUGGCUUUGGUAACAAGAGUGGUGAGCAUUGGCUGGGCCUGGACAAGAUAAACCGCCUCACUUGGAGAACAAAAAACAAGCUACGAGUAGAUCUGGAAUUUGAAACAAAUCAGGCAAUUUAUAAACCUUACGCCGAAUAUGACUUGUUCGCAGUUGAAUCGGAAUUGAAAAAUUAUUCCUUGAUCAUUGGUAGGAUGUCUUCGGGAGAUGCCAAGGAUUCUUUUGAUAGCAAUAACCACGCCCAAUUUUCAACAAUAGAUAAAAUAAAAGGCAACCCAAACUGCACUAAAACACUUGGCGCUUGGUGGUUCUCAAACGAUUCAUGUACCUGUGGUAACUCGAACCUCAAUGGAAACUACAACCAAAAGAAUGGUUUGAGAUGGGAUAACUGGGGUGAAGACCCAGAUGCACCCAUCACCAUCACCAAAGCUGAAAUGAAGAUCAAGCCGGAUUGCCCAGGAGAAUAA